AUGGAGUGCUUACUUUGGAUCCCGUGGUUCAUCAAAAGGGUAUAUUUGGGUGGUGUAAAUCAACGCAAUGUCUUCACACUGGCUUUGAAUUUUUGUUUGAAUUUCUCACCAAUCUUUAUAUGGUUGUUUAUGUUCAAGAAUGCAGGUGUCAUACCUACCAAUUGGCGACCACCCAUUUGGGGUAGCGUCGCUUAUUAUUGUGAUGCGUAUAUUUUUGGUGAUUACUGGCAUUCUCUUGAUACCAGGUUGGAAUUCGUGGUGUCUCUCGUGAGCAGUAGUAUCAUCGGUAUCUUAUUUGCUGUGGUGCCAUUGUUCAUCUGGUACUAUGUUUAUUAUACCAAGAAAUUGAGGCAUAACCUGUUCGAUGAGACAGACGUCUUGCUACAAUACCCUUUGAAUUAUAUCGGUUCAUCUCAAUUCCGACCUAGCAGGAUGAGAAACGUGUUACCCUUUCUAUUCUUGUUCUUUACAUUUGUGAUGUUGAAUUUCGAUCACCUUUUAUCCAGUCAGGAUCCGUCGAAUUUCACCAAGUUCAAGGACUUAUUGGCUUGGGUGAUGUACGUGAUUCUGCAUCUCACUGGGCCCAUUCUUACUGGUGUGUAUUUGUACGUUUUCCACAUCCCAGGUACGUUGAAAUGCUUCUCAUUCGCAUUAGGUUUACAAAAUAUCGUUGGGCUCUUCACUCACUUUUUAUUACCAAUGGCUCCACCAUGGUUCAUACAUAUGUACGGUGCCCAUGAUACGGCUCAUUUGAACUACAGUCAACCGGGUUACGCUGCUGGGUUGACUAGGGUCGACAUGCAUCUUGGAACUCAUCUCAAUUCGAAUGGGUUCCAUCUCUCGCCAAUCGUGUUCGGUGCCGUGCCGUCACUACAUUCGGCUAUGGCUGUACAAUGCUUCUUCUUCCUUUUGUUCAGGUCUACACAAACGAAAUCUGUGCCGGAAUCGAUCGCUACGGAUGCUGCUCCUGUCAUUCUUCAAAAGGAUGAAGAUGAUGACUAUGAGAUGGAUGAAGAACAAGAUGAAGAAGAACAAGGUUAUACGAAUGUUAAGGUCCAACCUAACAAAUCCAUUAUUCCCUUCGAGUUCGAGGAUGACGAUUUUGCUGAUGAUAGUGACAGCGUCGAAAGUAAACUCGUUUCACAUAUUAAUAGCAUAACUUUACAAACAACUAACGGUGGGGAUGACGACUUGGAAGCACGCGCAACGACUUCUGACUCGGAUUCAGAACUAAAUACGUUGGCUGUUGCUAAAAUCCUUGCCAAACAGCAGGUUUUGCCAGUUCAUAUUCUAGAGUCCAAAUGGCUCUACAUUUUCCAUAAAGGUCUGUUACCAAAAUUUUUGGGUACGAUUUUCGUAUGCUUACAAUGGUGGUCAACCCAAUAUUUGGAUCACCAUUUCAGAUACGAUUUAUUCGUCGGUGCCGUUUAUGCUGUAAUCUCAUACAUCUUGAUCAACAAAUACGUCUUGCAACCAAAAGUUAUCAAGCCUUGGCUAAUAACCAGGGCUGAUCCUACCUUGGACAAAAUGAAAGAGUCAAAAACUAUGGGUAUGAGAGUUUUUGAAAACACUAAGAUCGAAUGGUUUUUCGAUCCCUUGGCAUGA